AUGGCGGCAAGUUUAGAUUCGGUCGCUCGCUUACGAGAAAAAGGAGAAUUGGCAGAACUUUUGACUAAAAACGAGGGCACUAAUUUCCUCUACGACCGUGACAAACUCGACCAAACACCGCUGUUCUUUGCCAUUCUCGCCAGCUCCGUUGAAACUGCACGUUUCUUCCUCGAGGCUGGAGCCUCGUUCGACGUCGCAGAUGCUAUGGAAGAAUCCGCAUUACACGUUGCAUGUAGGCUGAAUAACCUCAGAAGCGUAAUAGCACUUUCUGCGGCUGGCGUCAAUCCAAACACAGUUUCUGGUAAGGGUGACACAGCACUUCAUUUGGCCGUUCAAAAUGGUUCCCACGAAAUCGUCCGUGUGUUACUUGGAAGAGGAACGAAUCCUAAUAUUUCCGACAAGAAUGGCAAUCUGCCUCUGCACAUCGCGUGUGCUAAUGGGGAUCUAGCCAUUACCCACCUAUUAUGUGAAAGUGGAUCACGAGUCAAUGCCCAUAAUCACGAUCAGCUCAGUCCGUUACAUUUGGCUGCCAAAUCUGGUAACCUAGAACUAGUUCGAGGGCUUUUAUUUUAUGGAGCUGAUUCCGCGUCUCCCAAUGGAGAGCGCCUGAUGAAGUUUCGCGAGAACUUCGAGCCACUUGUAAAAAAACCGCGUAUCAAAUUGAAACUUUUCGGUUCCUCUUUGUCGGGUAAAACAUCGCUUUCCGCAUCUCUGCGCUCCGGGGUUGUAACGGGCUAUUUGAAACGCAAAAUGAGGACCAUCAGCCAUAUUGCUGAGUGGCUUUCGGGAGGUGAAACCAACGCCAAAUACAUCAACAUCUCCAAGCGAAAAACAAAAAUGUUUUACGCCGACCAUGAUAACUAUACGCGGGGCAUUGAUGUUAAAAACACACCAGAAUUCAGCAUAUGGGAAUUUUCCGGUUACAAGCCGUACUACUUUCUUUAUUACUUCUUCAUUGGCAAUACGAGUUGCAUCCAUGCCGUCGUCUACAGUCUUAAAGAUCCACCUUCCGUCCAGCGAGAGAAAGUUUCUUUUUGGCUUACCUUCAUUCACAGUCGUCUAUCGGCGCAAGAGGACGGUAUAUUGCAGUCAAAGGCAAAAAUUGUCCUGGUGGCGACCCACGCAGAUGAGGUCGAGUGCGCACGGGAUGGAGAAGGCUAUCUUUAUCAUGUUGGGGCCGCCAGACUCCUUCAGGAUUUUCGUAGGCAGUUUAAGUACAAAUUAGCUAUUCAACCAGAUCUGCAUGUGUUGGAUGCCAAUUCACCAAACACCGUGGAGAUGAAGUUUUUCAAGCACCGACUCCUUAAGCUCAGGGAUCAAGUCGUUUUGGAAAUACCAACAGUUCCCAGCAUUGCUGAAGUCAUUUCCAAUCGUCUGGAAGAGUGGAACCGGGCACAUUAUGUCUCCAUUAAAUACUGGCCCCAAUUCAUUCACCUAAUCCAAACCCGUAUCAAUCCUCUAUGCACAGAGGCCAUUCUGCGGGAAACUGUUCAAUAUCUCCAGUAUACAGGUGAUCUGAUCGUGCUGGAGACAGAAGACGAGAACGACUUGAUAAUCCUGAAUCCCUCGUGGAUCCUCACGGAGGCCGUAGGCAGUCUUUUCUCACAGGACAGCAUCAGUCAUGCCCGCGUAACGGGCAGUUUCACCACCGACGACCUCCACUUCCUCAUUACCGAAAGUGAUGUUGACAUGGUAGUCGAGGUACUGACUGCCCUUGAGUGCUGCACCGUCUGUCCAAACGUCAAGGACGGCGACGACGGCGUCGGUGAUGAUGAUAGUCUUCUUCAGUCAGAGGAACGGAAACAAUCAAUCCAUUCAUUUUUCGAGGACGCCGUGGCAGGAACCACUCUGGAAACGUCUCAAGCUGAGGAGCUGCAGCUGGAGAUCCCGCGGUUAAAUCUGAUCCAACCCUCGGAUUUAACAGAAGUCUGGGGAAGUGGAGAGGGAAUGCUAAGGACCGGGGUGCAGUUCAGAGCAUCGGGAGCACAGCUCAUUCACCUCUUUCCACGCAUUCAGUGUCGUUUGCGGAGGGCUGUGACUAAGAUUUCUGCGCGGGAAGGUCUAAAGAGUCCGGAGCUUGUUCAGUGGCUUCAUGGGAGUAGACUUACCUUCAACAAAGCCCUUGUCAAUAUUUGUCUUGUCUGUGAGGAAGCGGAAGGGGCAAUCGAAGUGAAACUCGAAACGCACAGCUCGUUGACACUUUUAGCGUUCAGCUGUUUCCACGAUACCAUCAUUCUCGUUCGUGCAGCCCUAGAUGAGAUUGUCCCUCAACUCUCAGUAUCCAAUUGCCUCCUCAUCUUUAAAAGCACCGCCUCCAGAAUCUGCAAAGAAGUGGUUUCCCAACCGACAAUCUUCCACCUCCUCUCCAACGAUUCAGGGACUCUUACUCUGCUCGAAGGAACUCUUUUCCUUCAAAAGCCCCAACUCCGGUCCUGUUGCUGGUUCGGAGACCGUAUUCCAGCAUCGUGGAUCCGCGAUGAGGUGCUUCUUGGAGUGUGCUCAGAGUUGGGCAAAGACGACGAUUUUUCGGAGGCUCAACUGAGGGACUUAAGUUGUCAUCUCAGUAAUGAUCCACAGACUGUGUGGGUGGAGCUAGGUUCUUAUGACAGUCGGUUAAAUCGACUACUACAGCUGCUGGUGGAUUGGCGUGAUUGUUCAGGCGAUGGCACGGUCGGUCGACUGAUCUCCUCUCUCGAAGCCGUCGGACUGACGGCGAUUGUGGCACCGUUACAGGAGAGCCUGCCAGUCUUUGUGAUGAAGGAACCAGAUGAAAGUGGCUACUAA